CGAACCUCGGCGACUUUUUUUGGCAUCAUCGCAGCUUCAGAUGAACCAGCGGGGGAGUCUUGGCUAAUUUUAUUCACAGAGACGAAGCUUUUAGUCGGAACUCGAAUUCUCUACCUUUCAUUUGGCUUCUCUAUCCUUCUCUCUAAGCUAGGGUUUCUGUGAGGUACGCAUUUGUUUCCUUUACUGAAAGCAAAGCUUAUUAAGUACCUUUACAGUUUCUGUGAUCGUUCUCCUCCUAUGCAUGUUUGAAAUUGGUAUCGAUUAUUUGAGAACUUCAUUUGAAUAAUUGAUAAUUUGAGUUUCUAGUAUCGAUAUCUGUCUGUUUUUCCAGCUACUCCGGUGAUCAUAUUUACUAGGAGCUGGUUAUAUUCGGAAGCUUGAUUACUGAAUUGCUGAGGGUUUUUUUUUUUUUUUGCUUUUUGGGGGGCGGGGAGGGAGUGGGUUUAAGUUUUGUGUUUCUUAGGAUUUUUCACUGUUAGAUUAAUCGCAGCUUUGAAAUGGAUCCACGCCUUAGACGACAUGGUGGUUCCAUGAACGGAAUUCUUUUAGAUAAUGGUUCUUUUUUGGUUCAAUCACAAGAGGAUGGUAUAGGGUCUAUAUUUCAGAAUACCAUUAUGAGUCAUAGCUUCCAAGAAUUUGAUUGCCUUCCUCCUGAUCCAUCACCGAGUACUAUAGCCUCAAGUUCCAGCGUUAUCACCUCAUCUUCGAAUGAUGCGAGUCACGAGGAGGAUUAUCUGGAAGAUUGCGAUUUUUCUGAUGCUGUUUUGAGAUUUAUAAAUCAGAUUCUCAUGGAAGAAGAUAUGGAGGACAAGACUUGCAUGCUACAAGAUUCUUUGGAUCUUCAAGCCGCUGAGAAACCAUUCUACGAGGUUCUCGGGAAAAAGUAUCCUCCUUCCCCGGAGCCAAAUAGAUCUCUGGGCAAUCAAUACAGUGAUAGCUUCAAUGAAGAACUUUGUGGAGAUAGUAGUAAUUACCUGAUUGGUUACAAUAAUACUUCUUAUUAUGGUGAUGAUAACGCUUUUGAAACUCAGAGUGGAGAUGUGUUUCGAAUCAGAAGCACCUUAGGUGAUACUAUUUCUCCAUCAUCUAAUAGCUCCUCAAAUAGGAUAGUUAAUGGGGCUGAUGGGUGGGUGGACUUCUCGAAUAAUGCAAUUCGAAUCCCUGAGCCUAACAACAGAAGCCAAUCUAUUUGGCAGUUCCAAAAAGGGCUUGAAGAGGCUAGCAAAUUUUUACCCGGUGGAAACAACCUGUGUCUUGAUUUUGAGGGAAACGAGUCAGCAACUCAGGGUUUGGAUGAGGGAACGUGCCAGAUGUAUGUGAAGGCUGCAAGAAAUGAUCAGAGGAAGACUUUGUCACUUGAGUCACGAAUUAGAAAGAAUCUGCAUGAUGAGGAUGGAGAUUUGGAAGAAGAGAGAAGCAGCAAGCAAGCAGCUAUAUCUACCGAGUCAACCUUGCGAUCUAAGAUGUUUGAUAUUGUGUUGCUUUGUAGUGCAGGGGAGGGGCACGAUCGGUUAGUUUCAUUUCGACAGGAAUUACGGAAUGCUAAAAUCAAAAGCAUGCUGCAGACUGGGCAACUAAAGGAGUCUAAUGGUGGGAGAGGUCGUCGGAAGAAGCAAAGUGGGAAAAAGGAGGUUGUGGAUUUGAGAACUCUUCUGAUUAGCUGUGCUCAAGCUGUUGCAGCUGAUGACCAUAGGAAUGCUAGUGAGCUUCUAAAGCAGGUCAGGCAACAUGCUUCUCCCUUUGGAGAUGGAAAUCAGAGACUGGCCAGUUGUUUUGCCGAUGGUCUGGAGGCACGCUUGGCAGGUACUGGUAGCCAAAUUUACAAAGGUCUAAUUAAUAAAAGAACAUCUGCUGCUGAUGUUUUGAAAGCCUAUCACCUGUAUCUUGCGGCCUGCCCAUUUAGGAAGAUCUCUAAUUUUACUUCAAACAGGACUACAAUGAUUGCUUCUGAGAAUGCAACUAAGCUUCACGUCAUAGAUUUUGGUAUUCUUUAUGGUUUUCAGUGGCCUACUUUAAUCCAGAGACUGUCAUGGAGAAAAGGUGGACCUCCAAAGCUUCGGAUUACUGGAAUAGAAUUUCCCCAGCCUGGCUUCCGUCCAGCAGAGAGAGUUGAGGAGACAGGCCGUCGGUUGGAAGCCUAUGCAGAGACUUUUAAUGUGCCAUUUGAGUAUAAUGCCAUAGCAAAAAAAUGGGAAACUAUUACAGUUGAAGAUCUCAAUAUCGAUCAGGGUGAGUUCAUAGUUGUUAAUUGUUUGUAUCGAGCUAAAAAUUUGCUUGAGGAGAGUGUUGCUACAGAGAGUCCUAGAAAUACUGUUCUUAGAUUGAUACACAAAAUUAAUCCUAACUUAUUCAUCACUGGCGUUGUCAAUGGGGCAUACAAUGCUCCUUUCUUCGUUACCAGAUUUCGAGAGGCCUUGUUUCACUUUUCUGCUAUCUUUGAUACGCUUGAAACUGUUGUACCUCGUGAGGAUUGGGAGAGAAUGCUAUUGGAGAGAGAGAUCUUUGGUAGGGAGGCUUUAAACGUUAUAGCAUGUGAGGGAUGGGAGAGAGUGGAAAGACCAGAAACAUACAAGCAAUGGCAAUUCCGGAUCAUGAGGGCUGGAUUUGAGCAACUUCCUUUUCAUCCUGAGAUUUUUGAGAGGGCUGUUGAAAAGGUGCGGUCAAGUUACCACAGAGAUUUUUUGAUUGAUGAAGAUAGUAAAUGGAUACUUCAGGGAUGGAAAGGUCGAAUUAUAUAUGCCAUCUCUGCAUGGAAACCUACUCAAGAGUGAACAUGAUGAUGGAAUUGUGCUGAUCAGGGCUGCAAGUGUCUUUUGGCUCUUUGAUAUUCAGUCAAAUGAGAUUGCUCCAGGACCAAGGGGUUAACUGUGGAGCUGUUUCGAAUUUGAAAUUAAGUGUCGCGAAAGGCUCCAAUGCGCCCUGCAUAGGAUUUUGUUAGACAGAAUCAACGAGGAGACUUCUUCCCUCCCUAGAUAGACAAUCUAUAUUUUAGCAAUGUCUUUUCAGUUGGAGAAUCAACAAGGCUAAGACAUGUCAGGCUUCAACGUCAUUUGAUCCCUAAGCCGCAGGUAUAAAUACAAAACCAUUUUUUUUUUUCUUUUUUGUCUGAUCUGUUUUUGUCUUGAGAGUGUUCUUCAAAAGAAGAUAUGAACCUCUCUUCUCCCAAGUGCCCAGAGUUUUGUUCUCUUCCAAUUGAAUCUCAAUAAAGAUCUGUUUCCUCAUAGACCUAUAGAAACCAUUCUGAAACCUCUGUUUGUUUCUCCUUUUCUUUUCUUAAUAGCAGAAAGGAGAAACAUAUUUGAGUAUUAUAUAGCCAACUUGACGUAUGGUAAGAUAUUAUAUAUAGCAUAUUUGAGUAUUGUUUAGGA